GUGAUUUCAAAUGUUCUGUUUUACAUUCAAGUUGAAUCCCUGCAAAUAAACAAGCUGUUAAAAUGUAUAAUUUUCAGAUGAUUUUCCUCUUUUCUUUUAUUAGGAGGUUGUUUGCCUCAUAAUGAUGAUGAUUGAGGAUCAAUACUUCACUUUCCCUGAAAUCACCUCCAGCAGACUUUCACACUUUCACAAAGAUGAGCACCCAUCUCAGAGUAGACUCUCAGUAUUACUGGAGAGAAGAAUAACAACAAAAGAACAGUGGAAAUAGCAUAAUAAUAUGCUUAUCAUGGCAUGUGGUAUUAUGCAGAUGAACUUAGUACAUGCCCGGGCAGCUCAAGUGAAGACUUGAAUGGGGAGGAUUAGUACCAGAUGUUCAUUGGGACCCAGUGGCCAGCCAAUAGGGAGGAAGACCAUUUGGUCUGUGGGAGGAGCUCAGUGUAUCCUCUGUGCUCAAGAUUCAAUCUAACAGGUAGUUUAAAACCCAAGCAGGUCAACUGCAGCAGUAAGACAUAACUACAGACGCUGUUAUCCUGCGAGGAGCGCAUCUCGAGCCAGCAGCGGGGUACAACAAAGAUAUUUCCUUUGCAUUUUGCUUCUGGAUAUGCCCGGACACUACUCUCCAGCAUGCUGAGCAGGAAGGGUUCUUGUGCGGGGAUGAUGAGCGCCGCAGCCGGAGCGGACCGCAGCAGGGUCGGGGAGAGGCUGCAGGCUGCUCUGGCCGGGCUGCAGGAGCUGCAUCUGCUGAGGGACAGACAGAGCGACAUGGUGAGCUGGGCACUGAAGGUGGACCGAGAGGAGCCAGUGACUUCUGUCCACGCAGGUCCGGAGGGUCCCAGGAUGAUGGGGGCCGAGGAACAGCGGCUGGAGGCGACUCUUACAGCCCUGAAGCAACAGCUGUCUCGUCUUCGGAAGCAGGAUGUAGGCCUGAAGACUCACUUGCAGCAGCUGGACCAACAGAUCAGUGAGCUGAAGCUGGAUGUGAGCAAGGCCUCCACAGAGCAGCUGGAGAGUGACAGCAGGCCAAGUUCAGGUUUCUAUGAGCUUAGUGAUGGUGGCUCUUGCUCGCUGUCCAACUCGUGCACCUCAGUGUACAGCGAGUGCCUGUCAUCCUCCCAGACAAGCCUUCUCCUCCCGCCCAUGAGUCCUGCUAAUUCUCACAUUAGCCCUCCAUUACAAGUUGAUGUUUGCCGCCGGCGUUCAGCUGAUGAGAGCACUACCCAGCCCAACCCUCCACGUGCCACAGGCCUCCAUCUGGGCAGCAGCAGGAUCCGAGCAAGCACUAGUGCCACCGAACAGGCACGACCAAGACCUGUGUCAACAGGUGAUCUCGAUAGGAUGAUGGCCCAAGGACCGAGCUACUACAAAUCAGUGGAUUCAAAGAAACCCUCAAUGUGCCCAAAUCCGAAAACCUCCACAGUGGACCCCAAGUUCCAGAGCAACCUGGUGUCCCGCAGUGGGACGGAAGUGUAUCAAUACCCUAGCCCCCUGCAUGCUGUGGCUCUCCAGAGCCCCAUCUUUUUCCACGGGGCCGAACCAGACACACCUGGACUUCUAGAGGGGCACGGACCCUCGGUGAAUGGAUCUGACACCCUGCGAAGGGCACAAAUGGGUUAUGACACCAAGACCCUUGGUUACAUUGACAAGCUCCUCCAGCGCAGCUUGAGCAAAAUCCAGAAUGAAAUGGGCACAGAGACUCUGCAGACACACAACGACUAUCACAGGAAGCCCACUGAGGUUGUACCUGCAUUUCCUGAAGUGUCUCAGAAAGAGGUGUCUCAGCUGCAGCCUCUUCCAGCCCAGACCACAAACAUCAUACAACUAGAUAAUGACCAGAAGAGGCACUGUAUGACAUACUUCAGUCAAGACACAGCUGAUAACACAAACCACAAACAGUCAGUGAGAGCUCUGGAGGUUUCAUACCGGUGCUCCUAUCCUACUGCCAUGAGGGAGUACAGCUCUGAUGAGGUCACUACUUCAUCCUUGAAGAGAAAUGACAAAACACAGGGAGAAUAUGGUAGCAUAGCGAGAAGCCAUUCAGAGAAGAGAUGUGGGGAUAAUCCGGAAACAAGGCCACUAGAGAGGAAGGGCCACAGGCAGAGACCAGCCAUGGCUCACAGCUCCAGCACAGAGGAGAGUCAAAGCUUUGAGGUUCACACUGGUCACACAGCUUCCCCUGAGUUUGUCCAUGCCAAAUUUGUCCCUGCUGGUUCUCAGAGGGUCAAGGUGAGACAGGCAGACCGUAAAACCAAAGCUGUAAAACUCAGGAGAAAAAGCAGUGAGAAACCCCGAGCAAUCAGGCAGCAACAUGGCUACUCCUCCGGUGAAAGGACCAGAGAGAGCAGUGGAUCCAAGGGAGAACCGAGAAGAUCAGGAAAAGGAAAGGUGAUCCAGAAGUUUACCACCCAUCACACAGAGGAGUGCAAACAGGGCUCAGGCUCAGACUCAAGCCAUUGUGGCCUGGGACUGAUGCACACCCACAAAGUCUAUCCUAAGCCGCAUCCUAUCCCUGCUGUUACCAAGUCCAGCAAAAGCCGCAGAAUGCAAUGUGUGGAGUACGAGCAGCCUGUAGAGCAGAGGAGGAGGAAACAAGGGGCUGCCAAGUGGCCAUCCAAUGUGGAGAUGUUCCAGGCCUCGUAUGCUCAGAAUCAGAGGUCAAAAGAGCCCCAUGCUCAGGCACCAGGGAGCAUGCAGAUUGUCCGCAGCAUGAGUGCCAAGCCAGGCCAGUGGGUAGGACCUCCUCGCCCCUUCCAAACCUCCAUGUCCUCUAACUCUUUCCUCCACAGUCUCAAUGCCAGAUAUCCUCCAGCACCCUUCCAUGUGUCGGCCCACUACCCACCCAGAUGUGAGUCUGAGUACUCAGCUGAAUGUGCCUCACUCUUUCACUCCACCAUUGUUGAAAGCAGCGAGGGGGAGAUGAGCGACAACACCACCAACCGCUUUGGAGAUAGUGAGUCCAGCCAGAGCUUCCAGUCCUUCUCGGACUCCGACAGCAGCCUGUCCCUGGACGAGGGGGACCAGGUGGACAGCCACGAGGAGGAGGGAAGUCUAGUGUGGGCUGAGGCUGCACUUGGGCCCACUGCCGCCGGACGGCCCCUCCAGCAGCUCCCACGCCCCGAGCCCUCAGCCUGUCGCAUCAAAGCCUCCCGAGCCCUGAAGAAGAAGAUUCGCCGGUUUCAGCCUGCCUCCCUGAAGGUCAUGACCCUGGUCUAGCAGAGUUCCCCCAGGCAGCAUGAAAAACACAGAGAGCUGUGGGAAAUGCUCUGAAAACUUGUUGGAAAGAUCUUGUCUGGUCUUUCAGCACAGUUCCCUUAAUUAUCACUGAGAGACUUCAUUUGUGCACUGAUUAUUUUGUUGAAAAGAAAAAAAACAAGUGGUUAAAACUGAAACUGUACAAAAAUGGUGCAUGUAUAAAAGCAGGUACAACACAAUUAUUAUAUGUACACUUAAUUUGUAAAUAGUUAUGUUAUUAUAAUUACAUUUUCUCAUAGCAUGUGGCUGCGUUUGGUGAUUUCAUGGGCAAAAUUGUUGUCAUACAAUUGUCUGUACAUUAAGAAAUAAAACCAAUCUUUUUACAUU